CGCAUCUUCCAAACUAGUCGAGUAUGCGCGUAAGCAGUUCGCGCACGCGCACUCGCUACGAAAAGCUCUGAACUUUGAAUUUCGAAUACAGUGCGCGAAAAUAGUGAUUGAACAAAAAGUUAUCGAUAAUAAUUUUUAGUGAUAGGUAAUUAGAUUUAAGGAAGUAUGGCUUCGCAAGCCUUAUGCGGCAUCUUAGUGCUUCUCAUCGCCACGUCCGCUUCGAAUUCGCUUACAUUGAACGAAGAAGCAACAGAUGACGUCAGAACCGCAGCAACAGAAGCAGAAGGCGGCGAGAUAGCCAUCUUAGUGCGAGAGCCUCUCGGGACCAGCGUUGGUCGUGAAGAACUGUUAUACGCGAAGGGUGUUGAAGAUCGCUCUGUAUCACUGUACUUUAAUUCAAAAAGCAAUAAAGUUUACCUCGAAAGCCUGAAUGGUGGACACAUAAAGUCAGUGUCUUGGAGUCUUGGCACUUCUAAUGGAUAUAUCACUUUGGUUGCCACUCAUUCGAAAGUGAAGAUCUACGUCGGAUGCAAGGCUUUAAAUUGGCAUCCAAUGUCGGGUAGACACAACGUUCUGAACCUUUUAGCGAGCCCAAAGUUGAAGUUGUAUUAUGAAAACAAUUCACCAAUAGAAGUGCACAGAAGUGAAAAAGAAGCAAUCAAGUCCAUGAAAUGCAAUCACCACGAACUGCUGCAGCCGACCCAGGUCACUGUAGAUUCAGAUGUGGAAGAAGUAAAAGACUUCAUGAAGAAGGAGGAGAGAUUGAAACUUGAAGAGAUGCAAGGAGACGAUCCUAGGAGCAACUACAUAGACCCCAAUUUGUAUGGGCCUUUGCCUUUGCCUAAUACUACACCAUCUUCCCAACGAGGAGAUAUUCCUUCUGCUGAUAUAGAAUCUUGUGACGAUGAAGUGAUCCGUCAACUAAAGCUACUCCGACAGACUAUAGAACUGUUGCGCAGAGAGUUAGCGGAUCAGAAAGGGACUAUCAACAAUCUGCAGAACCAACUGCGUGUAUGCUGCAACCGCGUGCCGACACCGCCAUUGGAUAGAUGCACCGGCUCUUCAUGUUACCCUGGAGUAGAAUGCCGGAGUACCGCUAGCGGCGUGGAAUGUGGCCCCUGUCCCCAAGGAAUGGAGGGCGACGGCAAGCGCUGCAGACCCAUAUCCUGCAGGCGGAGGCCUUGUUCACAGGUGGAGUACUGCAUCGACUCAGAGCAAGGGUACCGAUGCGAACGUUGUCCGGGCCGGCAGAGCAGCGACGGUCAGACCUGCAGAUCUGCUUGUACUUCCAACCCUUGCUUUGGGGGCCGUGUUCAAUGCCAAGAUCUUCCUGAUGGGCGGUACCGUUGUGGAUCUUGUCCGGCCGGGUUUACUGGGAACGGGGAGAAUUGCGUCCGGCUAGCGUGUCGACCCAACUCGUGUCACCCAGGUGUGGAGUGUCAAGAGCUUGCUGAUGGUCAAUACCGCUGCGGGCCGUGCCCCGCUGGGUACACCGGCACCGGCAGGCAGUGUGUCCGACUGGGUUGUCAGCCAAACCCGUGCGCCGCAGGCGUGGAGUGCCAAGAUCUCGCUGACGGACGCUACCGAUGCGGCGCCUGUCCCAGUGGGUACACAGGCAACGGCGAGCAGUGUAUCCGGAUAGUUUGUCAGCCUAACUCCUGCUAUCCAGGUGUUAGUUGUGAGGAGACCAGCUCUGGACCUCGCUGCGGUUCCUGCCCGAGUGGUUAUCUAGGCGAUGGGCAGCGCUGCCAGCAUCUCUGCGACGCGCGGCGACCGUGCGGCGAGCGGCGCUGUAGUCCCUCCCCGAGCAGCCCCUACUACCAGUGCGAAGGAUGCCCUAAAGGAUACGAGUGGAACGGUUACGCGUGCGUGGACAUGGACGAAUGCGACCUCAUCCGGCCGUGUGACGAGCUGGUGUCGUGUCGGAAUGUGGAGGGAGCUUUUAUCUGCGGCGCGUGCCCGCCAGGCUACUCCGGCAGCAGCGGCUGGACGGGCGCGGGGGACGAGCGGCGACGCGAGACGUGCACCGACGUGGACGAGUGCUCGCAGGGAGAUGUGUGUCCUAGAGGACGACUAUGUGUUAAUACCCUUGGAUCAUUCACUUGCGUGCCUUGUGGCGGACACUACUACGUGAACACUUCACGGCCCUGCUUUGAUGCAGACUCCCUCAUACGUCCACGCUGUGACCCGGCACGCUGCCGACGAUUCAACGCUGUUUGUGGAUACGGGAUAAAUUGUGUUUGCGCAACUGGAUGGGCAGGCAAUGGAACUGUAUGCGGGCCUGACAGUGAUUUAGACGGCUAUCCGGAUCAUCAGUUGUCGUGUAAUGAUAUCCAUUGUAACGCUGACAACUGUCCACAAGUGUCCAACUCUGGACAGGAGGACGCUGAUAAAGACGGCAUCGGUGAUUCUUGCGACACGGAUGCUGACGGAGACGGGAUACCUAAUAUACCAGACAACUGUCCGCUAAUACCCAACCCAGACCAGCUUGAUCGCGACGAGGAUCGCAGUGAUAAGCGAGGUGAUGCCUGUGACAACUGUCCAAGAAAGUUCAACCCCGGACAAGAGGACGCAGAUAAAGAUGGCAUUGGAGAUAUUUGCGAUCCUGAUAUGGACAAUGAUAACAUCCUAAACAAUCAAGAUAAUUGUCCUCGAAAUUAUAAUCCGGAACAAGAAGACAUGGACGGUGACGGUAUAGGAGAUCUAUGCGACAACUGUCCACGUGUGAGGAACCCAACCCAGGAAGAUUCUGACAAGGAUAAUGUUGGCGAUGCUUGCGACAGCGACGUAGAUCGGGAUCAAGAUGGUGUUCAAGAUGGAUUAGACAAUUGUCCGAACUUGGCGAACAGUGACCAGCAAGACAUCGACAACGAUGGCAAGGGGGACGCGUGUGACGACGACAUUGACAACGAUGGCAUUCCUAACCUUGCUGAUAACUGCCCGCUCGUAUACAACCCUGAUCAGGCUGACUCUAAUGCCGAUGGAGUGGGCGACGUCUGCGACAACGACUACGACGGUGACAACGUGACCAACGCGCUGGACAACUGUCCCAACAACUCGAGGAUAUUCAGGACUGAUUUCAGGAACUACAUGACAGUCCGCUUAGACCCCGAAGGCACGUCGCAACAAGACCCCAACUGGGAGAUAGCAAACGAAGGGGCGGAGAUCCUGCAGACCCUCAACUCCGACCCCGGCCUGGCGGUGGGCUUCGACAGCAUCGGCGGCGUCGACUUCGAGGGAACUCUGUUCGUUGACUCGCAGAUUGAUGACGAUUACAUUGGGUUCAUAUUUGGAUACCAAAACAACAAACGUUUCUACGUGGUGAUGUGGAAGAAGAACACGCAGACGUACUGGCAGACGACUCCCUUCCGCGCGGUCGCGGAGCCCGGCAUACAACUCAAGCUGGUCAACUCGAAGACUGGCCCGGGGAAGACUUUGAGGAACGCGCUGUGGAAAACAGAAUCCACACCUGAUCAGGUUAAACUACUUUGGAAGGAUCCCCGCAACGUGGGAUGGCGUGAAAGGACGGCGUACCGCUGGCGACUGCUCCACCGUCCGAAGAUUGGUCUCAUCCGCCUCAAGAUCUACGAGAACAACCGCUUGGUGGCCGACUCCGGCAACCAAUACGACUUCACGCUCAAGGGCGGCAGGCUUGGCGUAUUCUGUUUCUCGCAAGAAAUGAUCAUUUGGUCGAAUCUCGUCUAUAGAUGUAAUGAUAAAAUACCAACAAACAUCGUGUCAGAACUACCGCCCACUAUUAAGAACAAGAACUUGGAUGUAGACCACGACUUUGUAUACCUUUAACGAUACUAAUUCACUGUGCUAGGUAAAAUAAUGUGUUACGUACAGUCAUUGGCAAAUGUCAACACACAAUUUAUAAAUGAAGAUGAGAGAGCUCCGCAUUGUGUUAUUUUUUAUCUCUGACUGUACCUACAAAGAAGUACAAACGAAAAACUGUUAUUUACACUUUAAUUUAUAACUUCAAGAUUUGUCUAUUAUGUAAAUAUAGUAUUGUUGUGCCACAAACUUAUUUUGCGGUGGUCGAAACUGCAUAAAACGUCGAGGCCUUGUAACAGGGGCACCUUAUUAAAUAAACAUAAAAUCAUCAUAGGGGUCCUAUGCUACCUAAUUAAAUAAACAUUAAAUCAUCAUAGGGGUUCUAUGCUACCUAAUUAAAUAAACAUUAAAUCAUCAUAGGGGUCCUAUGAUACCUAAUUAAAUAAACAUUAAAACAUCAUAGAGGUCCUAUGCUACCUAAUUAAAUAAACAUUAAAUCAUCAUAGGGGUCCUAUGAUACCUAAUUAAAUAAACAUUAAAACAUCAUAGAGGUCCUAUGCUACCUAAUUAAAUAAACAUUAAAUCAUCAUAGGGGUCCUAUGAUACCUAAUUAAAUAAACAUUAAAACAUCAUAGAGGUCCUAUGCUACCUAAUUAAAUAAACAUUAAAUCAUCAUAGGGGUCCUAUGCUACCUAAUUAAAUAAACAUUAAAUGAAUACGUCAAUAUUAAUGGAUUGACCAUUUGGCCUAUUCACUAUUUUGGUCUUUAAUAACAACCUAUUAAAAUAAACAUCAAAUUAAUUGACAAAUAUCAUUUAUCUACUGUGUAAUAUCCACCAGUAAACACUGGAUGACAUUUUUACAUAGAAUCUCAAUUUCGUAUAUGUCUUACCCCUACCCCGGAUUUAGGUACAUCUGGGAGAAAAUGACCUCAAUUCGUCAAAUGGCGUCAAUUCGCAAAACAUUAUUUUAAUAUAUUAACAUUAAAGGCACUAAGACCAUCGGGCUAUUUGGCGCUUAUUUACAAACUUUGCUACCUAAUACAAUUGUCAUCAAAUUAAUAACAAACGCAUUUUUCGUAUUCCCUAAAACCCAACGAAAAUCACAAUAGUAAACAUACUUCGAAUCCGGUCCUUGGCAUGCACCUCCAACUUUUCAGUUGUGUGCAUUAAAAAAAAUAUAAAUAUACCGUGUCACAAAUGGUGAAGGAAAACAUUGUGAGGAAACCUGCUCGGAAUUUUCUUAAUUGUCUACGUGUGUGAAGUCUGACAAUCCGCAUUGGGCCAGCGUGGCCUAACCCCUCUCAUUCUGAAAAGAGACAACUCUACAAUGAGCCGAAUAUGGGUUGUGUUGAAAUUGCGGGUACAUCCACCAAAAAACACUCAAAGUUAGUGAAUAAGCCAACAGAUAAGUUUGUGACACUAUAAAUAUAAACUAAAUUAUUUUUACUUAGCACCGCAACACAUUGCUUCGUCUAUUGGAACUAUAGCUUGGCAACUUUGUUCGUAACACUCCCGAUGGUCCGCGCGGGCCGGGGGGCGUGUAGCGAUAAAUGAAAAACCCACGACUGAUGCACCUCACUUCCCCGCGCGCACAAUUACACACCCGCGCAGUCUUUCCCCACGUCGCCCGCAUAUCAUGGUAGUAUAAUCAGCGAACUUGCUAGACUAUUGGGUCUGCAAUACCCUGACACAAGAAAACCUUUACUGUCGACGAGUCGCAAAGAUCCGAUGGACGUUGCGGUCCCAAGAUGCUGGAAUGGCGACCCCGCACCGGAAUGCGCAGUGUUGUACGACUAGGUGGGCUAUGGACAAGCGGGUUGCAGGGAGCUGCUAGAUGCUGGCAGCUCAGGACCGUGUUGUUUGGAAGUCCAUGCAAGAGGCCUAUGUCCAGCAGUGGACGUCCGUCGGCUGUUAAUGAUGAUGAUAAUGAUGAUGAAAGUAUCAGUAUGUGAUCCUAUACUAAGUCCUUAUGGUAAGUAUGGUAGCCAAUUAUGAAGUUAAGACCGUGAUGGCUUUGAAGAGUAGCAGGAUUCAGACUCUCAAACGUCCAAGUACUUAUAAAGAGAAUUUUUAAAGUGAUAACUUCUUAUGGGACAGUUAACCGCCUCUGUAGCCAAGUUGCACGACGAUUCUCUUUCUACUAUCGCGAACGCUUAGAAAACUAGAAAAAUGUAUGGCAAUGACAGAUCUUGAUCACGUGACCUGUCGAUAGCAAAUGUCAUUCCCAUACAUUUUUCUAGUUUUCGAAGCGUUUGCGAUCGUAGAAAGAGAAUCGACGUGCCACUUGGCUACAAGGGCUUCUUCGUAACGUAACUCGUUACGGCGCCAGCGCUGUCUGGCUUCUCUUUCUCUCACGCAUAUAGCAGGUUUAAGUUGUCACUUCUGUCGAGCGUCCCGACUCGCACGCGUUUUUGUAUUUUAAUAUUUUCCUCGCAUAAUAAGAGAAAUCAUAUCCACGAUCGACAGUCCUUUAGCUUCGCGGCAACUCUAUGAUAAACAAUGUUAAAGAUUCAACUUUAAUUCUAUAGCGAAGGGUUGCCACGUAGCUAAGGAAACUGGCGAAGGGAGAUAUGAUUCCUCAUGAUAUCUUAUUUUAUUUUACUUGGACAAUUGACGUAUUGGCCUGUAGCUAAGUGGCACGUUGAUUCUCUUUCUACGAUCGCAAACGCUUCGAAAAUUCUAAAAUGUAUAGGAAUUUUACUAUCGACAGGUCACGUGAUCAAGUGGUCGAUCGAAUCUGUCAUUCCCAUACAUUUUUCUAGUUUUCGAAGCGUUAGCGUUUGUAGAAAAAGAAUGGACAUGUCACUUGGCUACAGGCCCUGGAACCUUGUUACCGCUACUUGUCGUGGCAUGCACAGAAUUUUCAACAAAUUAAGGCAAAUUGAUUAUUUUACAACAAAUUUUCGGUAUGCCAUAAGUUUCUAUAAACAUUUUCCAUCUCAUUCACAGUGCGUUCAGUGCAAAGUGCCAGUAAAAAUAAUUUACGAAUUAAUAACAACAUUUUUAUUUAUAAGUACAAAAAUAAAGUAAUAUAUUGAAUAAAUAAAGUGUC